CAUCAAACUUGCAAUUAAGGUAACACUGCAUUACAUAUUGCAUCACUCGCUGGACAACUUGAAGUGGUUAAAGUGUUGAUACAAAAUGGCGCCAACGUUAAUGUUCAAUCUCUCAAUGGUUUUUCGCCGCUCUAUAUGGCGGCUCAAGAAAAUCAUGACGCAGUGGUGAAAUAUUUAUUGUCUAACGGCGCUAACCAGAGUUUGGCCACUGAAGACGGCUUUACACCAUUAGCCGUAGCGCUACAACAGGGACACGACAAAGUGGUAGCUGUAUUGCUUGAAAAUGAUACUAAAGGCAAAGUGCGAUUACCCGCUCUUCAUGUGGCCGCUAAAAAGGACGACUGUAAAGCUGCGGCCCUUCUUCUACAGAACGACCACAACCCAGACGUGACGUCCAAAUCUGGUUUUACUCCUCUUCAUAUCGCUUCUCAUUACGGCAACGAAAACAUCGCUGCAUUACUACUCGACAAGAAUGCAGACGUAAACUUUGUGGCCAAACAUCAGAUUACUCCGCUUCAUGUGGCGUCCAAAUGGGGUAAAGUCAAUAUGGUAUCCCUUCUUCUGGAUAGAAAAGCUAAGAUCGACGCCUCCACUAGAGAUGGACUCACACCUCUUCAUUGUGCCGCUCGUAGUGGACACGAACCAGUGGUUGAUUUACUUCUCGAAAGAGGAGCUCCUAUUUCGGCGAAGACUAAAAAUGGUUUGGCACCACUUCAUAUGGCAGCACAAGGUGAUCACGUGGAUAGUGCUCGUAUACUUUUAUUUCAUAAAGCACCGGUCGAUGACAUUACUGUUGACUACUUGACCGCACUUCAUGUUGCCGCUCAUUGCGGUCAUGUAAGGGUAGCAAAACUCAUAUUAGAUCGUAAAGCAGAUCCAAACUCUCGAGCUUUGAAUGGAUUCACUCCAUUGCAUAUUGCGUGCAAAAAGAACAGAAUAAAAGUUGUGGAACUUCUUCUAAAACACGGAGCAUCCAUUGAGUCGACCACUGAAUCUGGUUUAACACCACUACAUGUGGCAGCUUUUAUGGGAUGUAUGAAUAUUGUCAUAUAUCUGAUCCAACAUUUGGCGAAUCCAGACGUUCCAACAGUUAGAGGCGAAACACCGCUGCAUUUGGCGGCCAGAGCUAACCAAAUAGAUAUUAUUAGGAUUUUGUUGCGAAACGGAGCUCAAGUCGAUGCUAAGGCCAGGGAACAACAAACCCCUCUUCAUAUUGCUUCACGUCUAGGAAAUGUCGAUAUUGUAGGACUUCUUCUACAAAAUGGCGCUGAUAUUGAUGCCACAACUAAAGACAUGUAUACACCACUACACAUUGCAGCUAAAGAGGGCCAAGAAGAAGUGGCAACUAUUCUUCUAGAACAGGGAGCUUCUCUUACCGCUAAAACUAAAAAAGGGUUUACUCCUUUGCAUUUGGCGGCCAAAUAUGGAAAUAUUAAAGUGGCUCGACUUUUGAUUAGCAAAGAUGCACCGGUAGAUGAACAGGGAAAGAAUAAUGUGACUCCAUUGCAUUGUGCGGCUCAUUACGAUCACGUAAAUGUAGCUCUUUUAUUACUGGAAAAGGGCGCCUCCCCUCAUGCGACAGCUAAAAAUGGUUACUGUCCUCUACAUAUUGCCGCCCGAAAGAACCAAAUGGAUAUCGCCACUUCCCUUCUUGAAUAUGGCGCCAAAGCUAAUGCAGAAUCAAAGGCCGGUUUUACACCUUUGCAUUUGGCCGCACAAGAGGGUCAUACAGAUAUGGCUACUCUAUUGAUUGGUCAUCAGGCAGAUGUUAACAUUAAAGCCAAAAACUCGUUAACACCAUUGCAUUUGUGUGCACAGGAGGACAGAGUGAAUGUGGCCACUAUAUUGGCUAAAAACGGUGUCGAGAUAUCACCACAAACUAAAGCUGGUUACACACCAUUGCAUGUGGCCUCUCAUUUUGGUCAGUUAAAUAUGGUCAGAUUUUUGCUGCAAAAUAACGCCGAUGUUAACGCCAACAAUGCUCAUGGUUACACACCAUUACAUCAAGCGGCACAACAGGGACACACAGCUAUUGUCAAUCUAUUGCUUGAUCAUAAGGCAUCGCCAAACGCAGUGACCAGUCAGGGACAGACAGCUUUGUCAAUCGCUCAGCGUUUAGGCUAUAUAUCAGUUGUGGAGACACUGAAAGUGGUAACAGAAACUAUGGUAAAGACAACAACAACGACAGUAACCGAAGAAAAAUACAAAGUGGUGGCACCCGAGACAAUGCACGAGACUUUUAUGAGUGAUUCAGAAGAUGAAGCAGCUGAUGACAAUAUGCUGGGCGACCAAUCAUAUAGAUAUCUGACCGCCGAUGAAAUGAAAUCAUUAGGAGACGAUUCGUUACCAUUUGAUGUGACCAAAGAUGAACGCGUCGACAGCACUAAAGAUCUACUCGCACCAAUUACUGUAGACGAGGAGCUCUUUUCACCGCAUCAUAUGUUGAUGACUGAGUCGUAUGUGAAUGCAUUAGCACCCGACAAUAUUGAUAUCUCUCGGGCACCCAUACAGGCCGGACGAUUAAAAUGGAAGACCUUUUUGGUGAGUUUUAUGGUCGAUGCUCGGGGAGGGGCUAUGAGAGGGUGUCGACAUUCGGGUGUUCGGGUUAUUAUACCGCCCCGAAAGGCGCCGAUGCCUAUGAGAAUUACUUGCAGAUAUAUAAGAAAAGAGAAACUGAUUCAUCCGCCACCACUUAUGGAGGGAGAGGCCUGUGCUUCACGUUUGCUUGAGAUGGGACCGGCCGGCGCUAAAUUUCUCGGUCCGGUUAUCAUUGAAGUACCACACUUUGCGUCACUACGUGGUAGGGAAAGGGAGAUAAUUAUAUUGAGAAGUGAUAACGGAGAGAACUGGAAGGAACACGCACUCGAAGCAUCUGAAGAAGCCGUACAGGAAGUGCUGAAUGAAAGCUUUGAAGGAGAAAAUGAUGUCAACCAAUUGGAUGACUUCAGUAGUAAUCGCAUUACAAGAAUAUUGACGACAGACUUUCCUCAAUAUUUCGCUAUAAUAACUCGUAUCCGACAAGAAGUACACGCAAUUGGACCCGAAGGAGGAAUGGUAUCAUCGACUGUCGUACCUCAAGUUCAGGCUAUCUUUCCCGAGGGAGCGUUAACUAAGAAAAUAAAAGUGGGACUACAGGCCCAACCAAUUCCCAUCGAUUUGGUCACUAAAAUGUUGGGCAAUCGGGUGGCCGUCUCACCCAUCUGUACAAUCGAGCCGCGUCGGCGCAAAUUUCAUAAACCCAUAACAUUGACAAUACCGGUACCCCAGGCGGCCACCCGCGGAAUGAUCAACCAGUAUACCGGCGACGCACCGACACUGCGACUCUUAUGCAGUAUAACAGGUAGUACGAAGUCAGGCGGAACAACCCGAGCCCAAUGGGAGGACGUGACCGGUUCGACGCCAUUGACGUUUGUCAACGAUUGUGUUUCCUUUACCACAACAGUUUCGGCCCGAUUCUGGCUAAUAGAUUGUCGACAAGUGAAUGAGGCGACAAAAUUUGCCACUGAAUUAUAUAUGGAGGCAAUUCACGUGCCUUUUAUGUCAAAGUUUGUUGUAUUUGCCAAACGUCAUGAUCCUCAAGAAGCACAGCUUAGGGUCUUCUGUAUGACCGAUGAUAAAGAAGAUAAAACUCUUGAAAAUCAAGAACACUUCACUGAAGUGGCUAAAAGUCGUGACGUAGAAGUACUAGAAAAUAAACCACAAUUCUUAGAGUUUGCCGGAAAUUUGAUUCCCGUCACCAAAUCGGGAGAACAGUUGAGCCUUACGUUUCACGCGUUUAGAGAAAAUAGAUUACCAUUUGUUAUGCGAGUAAAAGAUCCGAAUCAAGAGCCGAUCGGACGAAUAGCUUUUAUGAGAGAUAAUAAACGCAUCAGAGGUUCUGAAGUAACACAACAACCCAUUUGCAACCUUAACAUUGAAUUGCCAGACAUUUGUCGAGAAGACUCUCCACAUGACUUUGACAAACAAUACGGUUUGUCUACACCUGACCACAAAUUGAGUACAGGAAAUGGUGAGCUUCUUGUGACAAAUGGAAUCGAUAUUAUUAAGGAUGGGUUGAGUCAUUUGAGGACAACAUCAGGUGGCGAUUCUCUUCGUCGAGAAGCCUCUUUGGAUGUGUCUUAUGACGAACAGGACAUUAUGAAAGAAGCAGAAUCUGCUGAAGAAAGUGGAAGCGAAGCGGGAAUCGCACAGAGAGAUCGAUCUUUCUCUGCUGAGAAGCCACGAAGUCGACAAACAAGUACUACCAGUGAAACAGAUGAUCAUAAAGCUCGUGAAACGGCAGCCGAAAAGUUUUUAGAGUUAUUAGAAGAACAGGAUAGACAAGACACCAGUGCUUCCGAUUUUUUUGCUAAUGAAGAGAUGCCUAUUCCUUCUGAUGGCCAAACAUAURAUGAACCAACUGAAGUACGAACGACAGAAACGACUAGUAUUCUUGACGACGGAUCCAUUAAGCAUACCAUCACUGCCGUCACUAAAACAACUGUUGUCCAAAGCCAAGAUGUGGACGAUGGCGCCAAUCGGCAGCUCUUGGAGACUGAGACGUGGCAUUCAGAACAAGACACGAGUCAAGUAUCGGUUUCGAGUUUACCAGAAGACGAAAAGUCUGAGCCGUCGACGACCACCGUUUCGAGCACUACGACCACAAACACUGGUGAUAAUAUUGCGUCGGCUUUAGUGACCACUUCCGUUGAAGACGAGCCCCAUUUCGAUGCAAUUGUCGAACAAAAAGAGUGGACUGAGGAAGACGAAAGUGGAUGUGUUCAUCACAUUAUAGAGCAGUCAUCGACUAUUAUUACAGAUGAAAGAGAUCCCAAAUCAAAGUCUAUAAAAAAUGAAGAGUCUAUUAUUGCCACAAAUGCUUGCGAUUUGCAAAAGCAAAGUCAUUCGCAAAUUCUUCUUCCGACGAGUUUUGGUCUCCAAACCAAUAAUAAUAGCAACGAUGACAGCAAUCAGUCGGUAUUUCCGCGACCGUCACCACCUGAAGUGGUCGACGUGUCCGAUGAACAGCUGUCUCCUGUCUGUGAUUAUAGCAAUUAUAUGAAUGUCGACAAUCAGAUCAAAGUUGGCAAUUCGCCGACCAAUGACAACGAGCCAGAUAUCAGAGCUUAUGAAGCGCAGCAAAGUAACGACAAUAAUGAUAAUAAUAAUAGUAUUGAAUCAAAACGACAAUUUUUUGAAGGAUUGCUCACAGAAACUACUGAUUCCUCUUAUAAAAGUACAGACAAUUAUCGUAAUGUUUCCCAAAAUACUAAUUUGUCGUCUGAAGUGACGGUCAGCGAUGAUCGCACUGAUGAGACACUUAAAAAUAGACGUAAAUCUAGUGAUGACAGUGAUUGUGAUGAACUUAAAGGCGUUAAUGUUAAGCGUCGUGUCAGCGAAAUUGAGGGCAAAGUAAAGAAACAGAUUGUGAACGAGAUUUUUGUUAAAGAGUUGAAUGAAGAAGUGGUUAAUGGAUCGCCUGAAAGAAAACUGAUUUAUAAUGAAAGUAAAAUCAAGAUUAUAUCGACAGAAGAGCUUAAAUCUACUUUAGAUGAACAAACUUAUGAAGAGAUCAGACAAGAGGCACAAAUAAUUGCCGAAACUAUUGUCUUGAAGGCGAAGCAAGAAAUGUCAAAAAUAUCGCAUAAUAGUAACAUAUCGUCCGAAAUAUCAGAUGAAGAUCUGGUUGAACAAGAAAAGGACGACUGGAAUGAUUUGAAUAGAGUGGUCAACGAUUCAAUUUCUCCAAUUAACGAGACUUCUAGUCCAAUAAGUCCCGACACCGCAAAAGCCCAAAAACGAAUUAGUUUUACAGAAAGUGAUAAUUAUGUCCGUAAGGGUUCAAUAGUGUUGGACAAGUAUAUGAGUCCCGAUGAACUGAAACGGACACUGUCCUACCCGAGAAAGUCUAUAGAUAGCGGAAGCAGAACCAGUUCGGCAAAGGAGAGAGAGUCGACCGGUUCCAGUUCUGAGAGUCACUAUCAAUCAUUUGAAGUAUCCGAUAGCAGUAAAACUCCCAGUCGUCCCACUUCUAGUGAAUUUGAUUUGACGAUAAUCCCUGAGCAACGCUGCCAUAGUAGCAGUCGAAGCAGUGCUACAGGAUUUGGUGUCUCCCCCUCUGAAUAUGAAACAUGUGUUACAUCUCAAGAGGGCUCAUAUGCAACGGCUGCCACAUCGCAAGACACCAGUUAUCAUACGGCGCACACAUCACUGGGCAGUCAUGAAAGUUCUCGCCAUUCAACGAUAUCCAUUGAAUCCGAAAGUUCUGGACAUUUAGCCGAAAUAUCUUCGGAAGCGAGCGAAACAUUAGUGGAAGAGGAGGAAGAAGAAGGCAAACAUAGUUCACUGAGUGAUGAAGAAUUUGAUCAAAUCGGUAACACCACUCCUGUUAAUGAUUUUAAGGAGCCGUUUGAUUUUGAAAUACCUGAAUCAGUCAUAAGAGGUGGCAAUGAAAUGCCKUUUAUGUCAGGAACUAAUUGGAAGCAAAUGGAAGAAUCAGAAGAACCAAGAAGAUCAUCAACAUCUAUGGGACCUUUGAACCAAUUAAUUGAUGACAAAAGUACUUUUAGACCUCCAUUAAUGAUAUCGAAUAGUAUUGAUGAAAGUGAACAAUUAUCUGAAAAUUCAAAUACAUGGCACUCAUCUAGUAUUGGCACCACAAUCAAUAUGGCCGGUCAGAUAUCACCGCACAGCUCACUCACCAAUUUAGGACAGUCGGGUUCUGCCGAUUCACAGCGAAUUCAUUCGAUAUCAGAUUCAAUUGUAUCGUUAGAUAAUUUAAACACUAAUGAUAACAACUGUCACAUUGAAGCCAAUUAUAAUCCAGAUUUGGAUGUUUCGGAUGUCGAGCGCCAAAGCAUUCAAUCAAAUGCCACAGUUGUUGAAUACCAGAGUUCAAUGCAAGACGAGAAAACUUCUUCAUCAGACAUGAUGUCAGAUACGGCUCUUAUCUCUCAGAGUUCAUUCUGCAGUUCAGUUCUGUCAGAACACGCCAGACAUCAGCUUUCCUAUGAUUUGAGUCCCGAUUUACAAUUGGGAUCAAAUGAUUCGCCUAAACCUGGAAGUGAUGACUUACAGCGUCCACUAUCACCACUUCCACCGGAGACUGAAGAUAAAAGUCCAUCAGAAGAUUGUGUCAAUUUGACUCCUGAUCUGAUUUAUGGCAACGAAGAACCAGUUGAACUAUAUACACAUCAAGAGGUCGAUGAAGAAAUUGAAGAGUCGCCCACUAGAUCCUCAUUGGCCUCACGUCUAAGCAAACCCAUUACAAUUGCUGCAAAUAAAAGUGGCGAGUCUUCCGCCGCGUCAUCACUAAAAGAGUUUGAAAGAUAUGAGAAUGAGUUUAAAACAAAAGGCAGUCAUCACGGAUCCACUGAUUCUUUAGGAUCGAGUUUAGGCUCUGGAAAACCGGGAUUUACGGGACGUAGUAGUGAUAGAGAUGAUCAGUCUAUGAGCUCAAGUAUAAAUGAAUUUGAAAAAUUUGAGAAGGAUUGCUGUGAAAGUGGAAGUCCAGCCAAACUUGCAUCACAAGCACAAGAAGAUGUGAAUCGUCUUUCAGAGAUAGAAGAGGGACACGAAAGUCAAGCGUCGGACGCGAGUCAAGAGACACUUUCUGAUGGAGUAAAUCGUGAUUCUGAUGACACCGACUCUGACUAUGAAAAGAGAAUGUCUGAAAUCGAUGAUAUGAUGCGAUUGGCGCAAAACAAUGUCGAAAAGAUGCAAUCGUUGUCUAAGACAUCCGAGAGUAUCAGCGAUGACUUGAAAGACGAUAAGCCGAGACCUCAUUCUCAAAACUCAAGUGCAAGCGCUGCACAACUUAUAUUAACCAGAAAAGUCAUGUCCACUGAAAGUAAUGAUUCCCAUCACAAGAGCUCCAUUUCAACUAUAAAUACUGAAUCUCUGAUCGAUAGAAUCGAAGACUUGGAUGAGAUUCGUUGUGAAUAUAAAGACGACAAUAAAUCCAUGUCUUCUGAUUCACUUCACGACGAUUUUAAAGACGAUUCAAUACACGAAUUAGAGUUUCAAAAUGAAAAUAUUAUGGAAAAGUCAAUGACUGAAUCAAUUCAAUCGCAUCCCUCUGAUUCGGGACCAGUUUUGGCCACACUUAGAGAAGAGAUUGAUAUUGAAGAAGACUCACUUAGAGAUAGUUUUCAUGGAAUUCUUAAGCCGACAGAUUGUAUGAUUUCAAGUACCGAUUCGGCCGCCACUUAUGCCACCUAUCAGAACGAAUCGGGUAUGACUUCCAGUGUGAACAGCCAUUUAACGUCGGGAGACGAGUCAACAAUGAGUUUAAGCACCGAUAAUCCGGAAACGAUAUUUCAGGCCCGAACUGAAGYAAAAACAUUUGCCGAUCAAUCGAGUGAUAAUCAAAGCAAACAAUUUGAAGAUGAAUAUGAAGAGAUCCAAACAGUAGAUCAAAUGGGAAACGUUAAGAUUGUUAGACGUAUUAAACGAUUACUUCCGAAACAACAGCAGACACCAUGUGCUUCCAGUUCUUCUGAAACAGAAGAAAAAUUUUUGGAAAAGCUUCGCAAAUCUGCUGCUGAAGACAUCAAUGACAGUGAAGUGAUUGAAGAGGAAAAGAGUUUCGAUGAAUACGGAAAUAUUGUAAUCAGACGAACUGUCAAACAAAUGACAACUCGGGGACCGGAGUUGACCUCUAAAUCAGUGUCCGGUUCAUCAGCACCGCAACAGAUUCAAGAGUUUAUGGAACCGUUUAUGAAAUUACAAACAACUACUGAUACGGAUGAAUAUGAAGGCAUUGAKGAAUUAGGAAAUGCCUAUAAAGUUAUACAAGAAGUUACUGUCACCCCUGAAGUCAGGGCCGUCACAUUCAGCGGAGCUAAUGCUCAGCAACAGAUGGACCAGUUUGUUACCAACUGGUCGGGCGAUAAAAAUGAAUUGAUUGAAAUUAAUAAACAAACAUUUGAUUCAAACUCUAAUAAUCAACAAAAUAAUAAUAAUAAGAUUAGUACUACUUGUGAAAAACAGAGCACAGGUAAUGAUGAACAAUGUGAUAAUGAAAAUGAAUGCAAUGAUAGCCCAAAUACGUGUUAUUGUACUAACCAUGACUUCCCAUUUGAUUUUGGUCGACAAAAUAGCAGCCGAAGUCAAGGUAGUGAAUCGGGUGCCACAUUCACUGGCAAUACAAGAGUUUUAACCGAAACGGUCUCCGAUAGCGACGGCCACACGACAGUAAUGGAGACCACAAUAUAUCAUUCAGAGCACGACUUAAGUCCAUUGCGAGAAAGUAUGAAUCAAAUUAUUGACGGUUUUAUGGGCGAUGAAGAGGCCAACAAACAAUCAUAAUUUUUUUCUCAUUAAAAAUGUCUAAAACAUUGUAAACAAUCCAUCGUUUAGAUCAACUUUCAUAGAGCCUUAUAUAUUAUGUAAUUGUCUCCUAAAACAUGAUUACAAAUUUCCUAAAAUUUUAAAAAUAGUUUGUGUGUUGGCUUUACAUUAAAAAAAAUUGAAUAUAAAUUUUAAGAAAUCAUUUUAUAGAUUUGACCUUUUAUUKACAUUUAAUAUCUUGUCAUUAAACCGAUAAAAUAUCAUUUUAUUUAUUUAGUUUCAUAUAUA